GCCGGUGCCCCGACCCGUACGGAGCUCCGGAUGGCUAUAAAUGGUGUCCGUCCUCCGCAAAACCCUAACUCGUCCUUGGCUUAUCACACUCUCUCACUCGCUGGUCUCUUGUUCUCUGAGACACGAUCUGUUUCUGAAGAUCUAAAAAUCAGAGAUACAAGCACAUCCGAUAAGCCAUGGCGCUGGUGCUGCAUGCAGGAAAAACAAACAAAAAUGUGUAUAAGGCGCUCAUUGCUGCAGAGUACUCUGGGGUGAAAGUGGAAUUGGUCCCAGAAUUUGAGAUGGGGGUUUCCAACAAGACUCCCGAGUUUAUCAAGAUGAAUCCCAUCGGGAAGGUUCCUGUAUUGCAAACUCCUGAUGGACCUGUCUUUGAGAGCAACGCCAUAGCACGUUAUGUUGCUCGUUCCAAGGCUGACAACCCUUUGUAUGGAUCAUCUCUAAUUGAUUAUGCUCACGUUGAACAAUGGAUAGACUUUGCAUCCCUAGAGGUUGAUGUUAAUCUCGUGAAUUGGUUCAGACCAAGAAUUGGGCGUGCUGUGUACCUUCCUCCUGCCGAGGAAGCUACUAUCUCUGCUUUGAAGAGAGCACUGGAUGCUUUGAACACCCACCUUGCUUCCAACACGUUCUUGGUUGGGCACUCGGUUACAUUGGCUGACAUUGUCAUGACAUGCAAUCUGUACCUGGGAUUCACCCAUCUUAUGCCAAAGAAGUUUACCUCAGAGUUCCCUCAUGUUGAGAGAUACUUCUGGACUAUGGUUAAUCAGCCAAAUUUCAAAAAGUUUCUGGGGGAGGUGAAGCAGACUGAUGCCACUCCCGCUGUUGCGAAGAAACCUGCCCAGCCGAAAGAGGCAGCUAAGCCGAAGAAGGAAGAACCCAAGAAGGAGGCACCCAAGCCCAAGCCAGCACCUGCUGAGGAGGAGGAAGAGGCACCCAAGCCCAAGCCAAAGAACCCUCUCGAUCUGUUGCCUCCCAGUAAGAUGGUUCUGGAUGAUUGGAAGAGGCUUUACUCUAACACCAAGACAAACUUCCGUGAAGUUGCAAUUAAAGGGUUUUGGGACAUGUAUGAUCCCGAGGGCUACUCACUGUGGUUCUGUGAUUACAAGUACAAUGAAGAGAACACCGUUACAUUUGUCACCAUGAACAAGGUUGGUGGGUUCCUGCAGCGUAUGGAUCUGGCCCGCAAGUAUGCCUUCGGUAAGAUGCUUGUGACUGGCUCCAACCCGCCCUACAAGGUGCAGGGCUUGUGGCUCUUCCGGGGUACAGAGAUCCCCAAGUUUGUACUUGACGAGUGCUACGACAUGGAGCUCUAUGAGUGGAGGAAGGCGGACAUCAACGACGAGGCACAAAAGGAGCGCGUCAGUCAGAUGAUCGAGGAGGUGGAGCCCUUUGAGGGAGAGCCUAUUCUGGACGCCAAGUGUUUCAAGUGAGGUGUGGCUGAAGCUGUUUCGGCCUAUAGCCCGUUUAAAUUUUGUCUUGGGUGGUUUCUCUUUCAGGUCUUUGAACGGUCAAGGGUGUUGGGGAAAGUAUCUGGUCGAGUUGAUGUCCUGUCUGAACAACACAGAUAUAACCUUGAGUUGAGUCUACUGUUACUGUUAUUGUAGCAAGUCAUAACUUAUUUAUCAUUGAUUUUGGUUUUGACAAUGUUAGCUUUUUCUUAUAUGUUUUGGAAAACCUCUUUAUAGAAUUUUCUUGUGACAGUUAUGCUAUUUUCUUAGUAAAGUUUCCUUUUUUUUUUUGGAGA